AUGGCGAGCAGGCCGGCCUCGCUCGAUGUCUCGACGGUCGUAGGUUCCCUCCUGCCCCGCUCGGACUCGUUCUGGGCGCUGCUCGGCCAGCAGCAGCAGAGCGUGCCCGCCGUGGAAGAGGUCGAGGAGCUGGACGCGCAGUGCAAGGACCUGCGCUCCCGCGCCGAGCGCUGCGCGCCAGGCGACCUCCUCCCAGCCGCGGAGCUCAAGGGCGCAGAGGCCCUCUGCCGCGCGCUGCAGCAGCGGGUGGGCUGCGCCGCGUCGGACGUCGAGGCCAGGGAGAAGGAGGUGCAGGACCUGCAGGCCAGGCUCGGCCGCACGGAGGCGCAGUGCAGAGAGCUGCGGGAGCAGAGGGACCGCGCGGACCGGGAGCUGGCGCGCAAGGCCGAGGACCUGGCCAGGGUGGAGACGGCCAUGGCCACGCCGCACGCCGCAGCAGGGCGCGGCGGCGCUGGAGAGAAGACUCAGGGCGAAAAGCUAGUGGCAUCUGGGCUUCAACUAGGCGAGAGCCCACAUGGCGGCAUCGGAGGGAGGGCGAGCCCCGGAGUCGGACAGCAGCGUGACGCACCGAUGGCUGGCUAUCACCGCGGCUUUGCGGGCGGCGCCGGUGGCUACGGCUACUCGCCCGUGGGGCCAGGCGCCCAUGGCGGCGGCAUUUGCGAGGACGGGCCGUGCGGCGUCGACUCGUGCUGCGGCGCAACGGGCUGCGCGGGGGGCUCCAGCUGCUGCGGGGGCGUGUCGGGCUACGCCAUGGGCUACACCGGCGUCGGGGACUACGCGCUCACCGCCAACUACCAGUACGUCGGUGCGGGGAUGGGGCAGUUCAGCGCCGUCCCCAUCCCCGCGCGCGGGUGCAGCUGCUGGUGGUCUCUGUGCUUCCUCUGGCUCUUCCUCAUCCCCUUCCUCUGCUGGCCCAGCUCCACCACCACCACGAGCACGACCACGCCGUGCCCAACGCCGCCGACCCCAGCGCCCCCUGGGCCCACUCCGCCGCCUCCGGGCCCCCCCGGCACCUGCAGAGUCUACGGUGACCCGCACAUCCAGCAGUUCGACGGCGGCCACGCCAGUUUCUAUCCCCACGGUACUGGCUCGUGA